AUGGCCGCAGCGAACCCACCACCCCCGGCGCCGGGACAACAGCAACAGCAACAGCAGCAGCAGCACAUCGACACGCUGCAGACCAUGCUCAAUCUCAUUUUCCUCCACUCUGGCCGCUUCCUCAAAGAGACCCAGACCGGCGGAGGCUCCGGGCGCAUGAAGCAGCAACUGCAGCGCGUCGUGCCCCACGCCACCGAGCGCUUCCACGAUGCCCUUGACGAACUCGAGAAUGAGGUGCGCCUGGCGCAAAUGGUGCUCCGGCGCGACAUGGCAUUGCUGAGGCAGGACCGCAAGAAGAAGGAGGCCGCCGCGAAACAGCAAGAGGUGGACAAGGCAAGGCUUGCCGCAGAGGCCAGGAAUCCACCCCCACCCACAAACGACGCGCCGGUCAAGGAAGAAAAGGCUGCCACACCCGCACAACUCGAGCCGCCGGCAGUACUAGACACAUCUGAGCAAGCGAUGUCAAUAGAGACGGAUAUGGAAGCCGCGAAGAAGGAAGGCGGCAACGGCGACCAUGACGGCCAAAACAACAAGGCACCCUCACCGCCCCAAAACUCGACAGACGCAAACAUCCAGCCGCCCAAAGAUCCCCUCUUCGAUGGCACACCGCCAGCCAACAACCCCAACGAGUCCGACUUUGAUUUCGAUGCCAUGUUCGGCGAUGCCAUGGACACCACCGACCAAAAUCACGAUCACGACAUGAUGGACACCUCGGGCGAUAUCGACUUUGGCCUCGACAGCGGUAACGACGGAUCCUCCCUCCUCCGCGGUCUCGAAGACUUUGCCAAGAACAGCGACAACGACAACAACAAUCAAUCCUCCACCAUGGACAUGGACUUUACCAUGCCAGACUUACCGGGCUUGGAUUCAAACACGAAUGCAAAUACUGAUAGCAAUGCGAAUGCAACUACCAAGCCAGCGCCAGAGCCCGCGUCUGCGCCAAAGGCAGACGAGCCCGCGUCUGCGCCAAAGGCAGACGAGCCCAAACCUGCCGCUCAGCCACCCCCGCCCCAGGAGAACAAGGUGGAAGAAGCGAUGAACAAUAACAAUAACAAUGACGAUAUGAUGGGCACCAUGGCUGCGGACGAUCUCGAGGACCUGUUCAACAUGGACGACUACGCCAACCCCGAGCAGUCUUCCUUUGACGAUGCCUUUUUCAAUUUUGAAUAA